GCCUUUAUUCGCAAAAGAUCUUACCAGGAGCAGCUAGUGUAAAAGUAACCGUACAAUUAAAAAUAGAGGCUGAUAUUAUCUAAAACAUAUUGGUGUAAAAUCGUGAAAAUGUUAAGCAAGUUGAGGCGGGGCAAUGUUGCUGGAGUAACACUAAGAACCAAAUCGGGUUCCAAUCAUCGUUUUGUUGCGUUGGUUAUUUUUUAUUGCAUUUAUUUUAUAUUUAUAAGAUUGAGCUAUUCGCAAGCUGAUGAAGCUGCCACAUCGGGUGAUAAUGAAAUUUCGCACAUUGGUGAUGAUUGUCAGGUGACACCUGUCAUACAUGUGCUCCAAUAUCCUGGCUGUGUGCCAAAGCCGAUACCAUCAUUUGCGUGUGUCGGACGCUGCGCUAGUUAUAUACAAGUCUCCGGCAGUAAAAUAUGGCAAAUGGAGCGCUCCUGUAUGUGCUGCCAAGAGUCGGGUGAACGUGAAGCUGCUGUCUCGCUCUUCUGCCCAAAGGCCAAACAUGGCGAACGCAAAUUCAAGAAGGUUCUAACAAAAGCCCCACUCGAGUGCAUGUGUCGUCCAUGCACCUCCAUAGAGGAGUCAGGCAUUAUACCGCAAGAGAUUGCCGGCUACUCAGAUGAAGGUCCGCUGAAUAAUCACUUUCGUCGCAUAGCUUUGCAGUAGGUUAAUUUGGAGAAGAUUUACACUUUUUAUAAUACAUGUUUCUUGUUUAGCCAAAAUUGGAAUUAAAAAUUAUAGUCAAAAUAUAAAUAAAGAAGCCUUAAGUAAUUACAAGG